GGCUCUUCUUCUUCUUCCUUCAAGCAAAUUUCUUCUUCUCAUCAUCAUAAUCGUGAAAAUGUAGAAGAAAUUCUAAAGAAAUUCUGUAAACAACAUUUGGUAUUUGAUCAAUCAUUUCCAGUUGAAGAAUUGAUCAAAAGUUUCUGUAAAGAUCAAUCGUUAUCAUUAAAUGAUAAUAAACAAGCUGGAAAAACUGGUCUCGCUUUGAUCGAAGAAGUAGAUGAAGAAGAAGAAUCUUCGAAAUUACUUCGGAGGAAAAAUCCAACUCUUACCUCUUCUAUAAAUCACAAAUUGCUCACUCAAAGUGAUGAAUCUGUGAAUCAAGAGGGUGUUGAUUGUAGUGAGUUGAAGAAAUUUGAUUGUUCAGUUUCUAAUUCUCCAAGAGAUGAUGCUGUAACUCAACGUAUGAGCUUGGAGGAUCCAGAUAAAGAGAAAAACAAGAGGAUGAUGAAUGUUGAUCAGCCGAGUAAUCAAAUGAUUAACUCGGAAUAUUCAAGUACUGGGAAGAUGAAGAGAUUGACAUGUAAUGAUCCACAUCUAUUAGCUUUGGGGGAACUGGAGUUUAAGAAGAUGUUUUUGAUUCUAAGUUGUUGUGGAAAGGAAUAUAAAUUGGAGGAUUUCAUUAGUGUGGAUGAAAUUCGGAGGAUGAAAAGCUUACAUAUGGGUCAUUUUGAAACCAGGCUUAGGACAAUUUUGGGGGAUGAUCAAUAUGUUAAGCAAACAGAUAGAACAAAGAAACUUGAUUGGGAUUCUGAGAAAACUUUUGUGUACCAUUGUUAUGUGGAACCUGAUGGGAGUUACACGUUUAAGGGUCCUUAUCUUCAAAGAGACGCGACCCAUCUACACAGGGUAUUAGGGGACGAUAAUGUAUUGCUGGUGAAGUUUUCUGGAAAUGAGGGGGAUCGAGAUUGUAGUUCAAGUCCUGUGUAUCACAGGAUAGGAAAAGAGGGAAUUCUUGUGGGUUUGCGCCGCUUCCAGUUUUUUGUUUUUAAAGAUGGGGGCAAAGAGCAAAAGAAGAAACAAACGCAAACAAGUUCCUUUGCUUCAUCUGUCAAGUGUUACUUUGUCUGCUUGGAGUCUAGUGGCUUACACGAUAAAUCUGUUUCUGAAGCACGGUCUCAUUUUAUGCAUAUACACAAUAUUUCCAGCAUGCCUAAGUAUAUGCCCAGGUUAUCUCUCAUUUUGUCUAAGACCACCAAGAUACAACUGGAUUUUGCAUCUGUUAAUAUUGAAAUAAUUAAAGAUCAACCUUGCUUGGACCAGAAUGGUAAUACCGUGCGCAAUCAAGAUGGGGACAUUUUGAUCCACACGGACGGGACAGGGUUUAUCUCUGAAGAUUUGGCUUUACUAUGUCAGAGGAAUGUUAGAAAAGGGAAGUACACUAGUCUUGAUGGCGAUAAGAGAGUUCUAGAUCGAAAUGCAGCAGAGGAAAAACCUUCAGAUGACAAGUCAAUAAGGUCUUACACUGGGGAUCCGCCUUUGCUUACCCAGUGCCGGUUAUUCUAUGAUGGUGCUGCGGCCAAGGGAACCUUGCUCGUCAACAAGAAGCUGCCAUUCGAUACAAUACAAAUAAGACCGUCGAUGAUAAAAGUUGAAAGUGACCCAAAACUUGUAAAUGCUGUGAGUGCUAAUUCUUUGGAGAUCGUAACGACAAGCAAUAAACCAAAGAAUUCGUGUUUAUCGAAGUACUUACUUGCACUUCUUGCUUAUGGUGGAGUUCCACAAGAGUACUUUAUGAACCUUUUAACAAAAGCACUGGAGGAUGCUCAAAAUGUUCACUACAACAAGCAUGCAGCAUUGACAGUUGCAUUGAGGUACAGUGAAAUGGACAAUUUUCUAGUACCGAGGAUGAUUUUGUCGGGAAUUCCUAUUGAUGAACCAUAUUUGCAAGAUCGUUUGAGAGUCCUAAUGAAUGAGGAAAAAAAGAGUCUCAUGGGUGGAAAGCUUCCUGUAAGUGAAUGCUACUAUCUUAUGGGGACAGUAGAUCCAACUGGGAUUCUAAACAGAGAUGAAGUUUGUGUGAUUCUUGAAGAUGGCCAACUGUCUGGGAAUGUGUUAGUAUACAAGAAUCCUGGACUACAUUUUGGGGAUGUCCAUGUGAUGAAGGCUACAUAUAUUGAAGAGUUGGUGAACUUUGUUGGGAAUGCAAAAUAUGCCAUAUUUUUUCCUACAAAAGGGCCGCGAUCCGUGGCUGAUGAAAUAGCAAAUAGCGACUUCGACGGUGACAUGUAUUGGGUUUCUAGAAAUCCACAGUUACUAGAGUCUUUCAAACCAAGCAGCCCAUGGGAACAAAAAUACACAGCAAAGAGUGUACGCCAUCGGAAGCCAACUGAUUUUUCUCCUGGGGAACUAGAAGAUGAACUUUUCCAGCAGUUCUUAACAACUAGAUUCAAUCCAAGUUACAGUAUGGGUGUGGCAGCAGACUGUUGGCUGGCUUAUAUGGAUAGAUUAUUGACCUUGAGUGACGACUGUACUGAGGAGAAGAAAUGCAUGAAAGAAAAGAUGCUUCAGCUUACUGACAUAUAUUACGACGCACUAGAUGCUCCAAAGACGGGAAAAAAGGUUGAAGUUCCGAGCAAUUUAAGAGUCGGUAAAUAUCCACAUUACUUGGAAAAGUCGAACUUGGGUUCAUACCAAUCAAGAUCUAUUCUGGGACUAAUUUUUGAUAAGGUGGCCUCUUUUAAAACAACUCAGAGGCUGGAGGCAAAUGAAGUAAGGAAAUUACCAGCUUUUGAUGGAGGAGAAAUUCCAACAUCCUGCGUGCGAUUAUGGGAGGAGCGAUAUGAUCAGUAUAGAAGUGAAAUGACUGAUGCAUUGAAUCAGGAUGACGAUGUAAAAGAUGAUUAUGCCGAAGAAGUUAAUCAAAAAUAUAAGCAGAUGUUAUAUGAAGCCCCGGAGCUUAAUGAAAGUACAAGGAUAAGAGAGGAGAUAUACAACGAAGCACUUGCUAUAUACAAUAUCGUUUACGAUUAUGCAAGGAUUAAGGGUGUGGGUAGAUGUGGGUUUGCUUGGAAAGUUGCUGGUCAGGCACUCUGCGAAUUUUAUGCCAAAAAGCUUGACGAAGAUCCCAUCAUUUGCACUAAAUCAGUGCUUUCUGAACUUUUCAUCUAACUGAGCAAAAAAAUGUGCUAAGAAUUAUAGGAUUCAGGGUUCAUGGUUCAGGUUCAAGGUUCAUAAGUGAAAAAACAAUUUGUAAAGGGACCAGUGCUCAUGAUAUUUUGUAUGUAAACAUGUAAUUAUGCAAUUUCCUUGUGCAUUUUCUUUGCUCGGAUACUAUGUGAUCAGUUAGGCAAAAAUGGUCCUUUUGGAAUUCCAUUUUCUGUGCAUAAUGGCAAGUGGUGACG